ACCCCCUUCCCCUUGUGCUGAGAAGACGUCGAUACGAUGUUUUACGCCCACUUCGUCCUCAGCAAACGGGGGCCGCUGGCCAAAAUCUGGCUGGCGGCCCACUGGGACAAGAAGCUGACCAAGGCCCACGUGUUUGAGUGCAACCUGGAGAGCAGCGUGGAGAGCAUCAUCUCACCAAAGGUGAAAAUGGCGUUACGGACAUCAGGUCAUCUGCUGCUGGGGGUGGUGAGAAUCUACCACAGGAAGGCCAAGUACCUGCUGGCAGACUGUAACGAGGCCUUCAUCAAGAUUAAGAUGGCGUUUCGACCAGGUGUGGUGGAUCUUCCAGAGGAGAACAGAGAAGCAGCUUACAACGCCAUCACCCUGCCAGAGGAGUUCCAUGACUUUGACCAGCCGCUGCCAGAUUUAGACGACAUCGAUGUGGCCCAGCAGUUCAACUUAAAUCAGAGCAGAGCCGAAGAAAUCACCAUGAGAGAGGAGGUGGGCAACCUCAACCUGCUGCAGGACAACGACUUCGCCGACUUCGGGAUGGACGACCGGGAGAUGAUGCGGGAGGAGAGUGCGUUCGAGGUGGACAUCAUGGGAUCAUCGGCGUCCAACCUCCUGCUGGAGGCGGAGGGCGGAGCCAAUCAGAUGGCCGACAAGUCCAACCACCUGGAGUAUGACGACCAGUACAAGGACGACUUCGGAGACAACCCGAUGGAGAGCAACGAGGGAGGAAUGCUGGUGGACAAGCUGCUGAGUAACGAGGAUGGAGGCGGCAUAUUUGACGACCCUCCCGCCAUCACAGAGAGCGUGAUGAUGCCUCAGGACCACGGUGACGAUGAGGAUGACUUUGAUGCUCUCUCAGCUGGAGCCCCAGAUAGUCCUGACUCUGGCCCGACGGAGCAGCUGCCCGCCAUGACGGACCAGCAGGAGCAAACUGCUCCGGUUCACAACGAGGAGGAAACCUUCGCCCUCGAGCCAAUUGACAUCACAGUGAAGGAGACGAAGGCGAAGCGUAAACGGAAGCUGAUCGUCGACAGUGUGAAGGAGCUGGACAGUAAAACUAUCCGCGCGCAGCUUUCAGACUACUCCGACAUCGUCACGACCCUGGAUUUGGCUCCGCCCACCAAGAAACUGAUGAUGUGGAAGGAGACGGGAGGAGUCGAGAAGCUCUUCUCGCUCCCAGCUCAGCCUCUCUGGAACUCUCGGCUGCUGAAGAUGUUUACGAGAUGCUUGACCCCGCUGGUGCCGGACGAGCUGAGGAAGAGGAGGAAAGGUGGGGAGGCCGACAGUCUGGAUGAGUUUCUGAAGGAUCUGGAGAACCAGGAGGUGCCGAGGGAGGAAGCGGCAGGUCACCAGCAGAGAGACAUCACUGAUCAGACCGUCAUGGAGGAGGCCAACGCUCUGCAGCCUUCAGCGGUGGAAGGCAGCAGGUCAACGCUGGACGAGUCCGCCAUGCUGCCGCCGUCCUCACAGGGAGGCCUGAAGAGGAAGUCUCCGGAGGCGGAGCCAGCCCUCCCUGUAGGAGCUCUGGACGAACAGCAGCAGCAGAGCGCAGCUGCCUCCCAGCAGCUCGAGGCGUCCACCGUGAGUCUGGCCCCGGAGGACACCACCGCCACCAUCAACCAGCUGAUAGAGCUGGACUUACUCGCCGACAAGGACAAGAAGAAAACCGACGAGGACUCUGAGGAAGAGGAGGAGGAGGUGCAGGGAGACCAGGAUCAGGAGGAGAGGAGGUGGAACAAACGAACCCAGCAGAUGCUUCAUGGCCUACAGAGAGUCAUGGCCAAAACCGGCGCCCAGUCGGUCAGCCUGCUGGACCUGUGCAGGACCAACAACAGGAAGCAGGCGGCUGCCAAGUUCUACAGCUUCCUGGUUCUGAAGAAGCAGCAGGCGGUGGAGCUGACCCAGGAGGAGCCCUACAGCGACAUCAUAGCUACACCCGGGCCUCGUUUCCACGUCAUCUGAAGCAGACACUGGCCAACAGCUCCGGGGCUUCGUUCACUAAAACGCUCUGGACUUGAAUUCAUGACGAUUUAUUUAUUUACAGGAAAGAAGAUCCGAGUUAUUCAGAAAACAACUCAUUUAUCCUAUAAUCCAGAUAUUGUUACAGAACGGGACUACCUGCAUGCUGUCUUGUGCACUUUCUCUAGAAAUCUUUUUAUUUCAGCACUUUCCCUCUGAAGGGUCGAUCUAGAUGGAAUAUAGUUGAUACAAAACAAAGUGCAGCUUUAUCUGAUUAAUCAGGCAGACGUGGAGGAUCAGCUCUGUGUUGUUUGUUGUUGUAACGCGCAGUAUUGCAACAAAAUGUUUUCUAUAUGAAGGAAGAUUUAUUAUCCUAAAGAUUAACUCGAAGAUGACGUGAAGUCUGAGUGUUUUGUAUCUGGUUGUGUUAAGAAAAUAAUAACCGACUGAAUUCA